UCAUGCACAAAAGGAUUUUGAAUCAAAGAACACACCAAAUUAGUCCCAAGUAUAAACACAACAGUCGUGAGUUUUAUGUUCGUAUAAAAGGGUGAUCAGUACAAACAUUUAAAUGCAACAACAUUGCAAACUGUAUUAACACCUAAAACAUUUCAAAAAUUAAUCUUAAGCUUUGAACUGAAAUGUGAAAUAAUAACUUUUUGAAUAGACCUGUCAAACUGUGUAAGACAAGUGUCUGGUUUGUGAAUAACAACGAACGUAGGGUAGGUGAUUAGAGCACUGGAAAGCAAACAAAACUAUGCUCCUAUAUGGACAUUAGGCUAAGGAUCCGUACCUUCAGCACUUUCCCGGGGAUCAAUAUCACAUUCAUUAACACAGUUAAGAUUAGCUUUCCACCACUCUACUUCAUCCCGUUGAACAAAAAAAAUAAAAAAAUAAUAAUAUGAGUUAUAAUUACACAAUUAUUAAUUUUAUAACUUAAAACUUUUCUUUGUACUUAGUCUAGUUUUUGAUUCUUUUGAUAAUAUGGACUAACAUAAAUGAAAGUGCUAAGAAGUUAACCUAUAUAUAAUUAUUAUAGUUUUGAGAAAGAAAAAAAGUCUAUGCUUUUAUUUAGUCGUGAAUCACGUGAUGUGCCUAAAUUUUUUGACCGAAAAUAACACAAGGGGGUAAUAUCGUCAACUCAAACAAAAACCAUCCCUGCAAAAAGCUUCACGGUCCACAACACGAGCCCCCCCCCUCUCUCUCUCUCUCUCUCUCUCCCUCUGCGGGAAUCUUAUAAACCCUUUUCUCUCUCUCUCUCUCUUCUCCAAAGCUUAUCUCUUCCCUCACUCUGAAAAAGACUCCCAACUUUCAAAAAAAUGGCGUUCGAGCUCCCAAACGAUUUCAGGUGCCCGAUCUCCCUCGAGAUUAUGUCCGACCCGGUUAUCAUCCAAUCGGGUCACACUUUCGACCGCGUCUCCAUCCAAAAGUGGAUUGAUUCCGGCAAUCGGACAUGCCCCAUCACCAAGCUCCCCUUGUCCGAAACCCCUUCCCUGAUUCCCAACCACGCCCUUAGGAGCUUAAUCUCGAACUUCGCUCACGUCAGCCCCAAGCAACAACAUCACUCUCACUCCCAAUCCCAAUCUCAAUCCCAAACCCACUCCUUGAUUUCCACCCUCGUUUCCCGAUCCUCCUCCCACGAGUCGAGGCUCGAGUCGCUGACCCGGCUCGUCCGCCUCACGAAGCGUGACUCGUCCGUACGGAGGAAAGUCACCGAGUCGGGCGCGGUUCGCGCGGUUCUCGACUGUGUUGACUCGGGCGAUCGCGUUUUGCAGGAAAAGUCUCUGUCUUUGCUUCUCAAUCUCAGUUUGGAAGACGAUAACAAAGUGGGUUUGGUAGCCGACGGUGUGGUGAGACGGGUAGUCGCGGUUUUACGGGUCGGGUCGCCCGAUUGCAAAGCGGUUGCUGCUACCCUGCUAACGAGUUUAGCUGUCGUGGAAGUGAACAAGGCCACUAUUGGGUCUUACCCCGAUGCGAUCUCUGCUCUUGUUUCUCUUCUAAGGCACGGGAAUGACCGGGAGAGGAAGGAGUCUGCGACGGCUCUUUACGCUCUUUGUUCGUUUCCGGAUAAUAGAAAACGGGUUGUGGAUUGCGGGUCGGUGGGGAUACUGGUUGAGGCGGCUGAUUCGGGGUUGGAGAGAGCGGUGGAGGUGUUGGGGCUUUUGGUUAAGUGUAGAGGAGGGAGAGAGGAGAUGAGUAGAGUGAGUGGCUUUGUUGAGGUGUUGGUUAAUGUUUUGAGGAAUGGGAGUUUGAAAGGGAUUCAGUAUUCUCUGUUUAUCCUCAACUGCUUGUGUUGUUGUAGCCGAGAGAUCGUUGAGGAGGUUAAGAGGGAAGGUGUGGUUGAGAUAUGCUUUGGUUUGGAGGAUAAUGAGAGUGAGAAGGUUAGAAGGAAUGCUACUAACUUAGUCCAUACUUUACUUGGGAAUCCGAUGGAAGCUUAAAAGGAUUAGGCUUUUGUCAUCAGGUGGUGGUUUUGGGGAUUGUAGUUCUGUUGUUUUUGUGUUGUCUGGUCUGAAUGUGGAGGUAAAGUUGGGGGGGUUUUGUUGUGCUGGAUUCUCCUCUUGUAGUUCAUGUACAAAUGAAAGGAAGAAGAAAACAAAAAAAGGCGUAGGUUUUCAUCAAAGCAAAAUGCAAAUGCUUUUUUAAGGUUUUUGUUUUUGUGUACAUUCAAAGAAAUAAAAGGAUCAUACAGAUAAGUCUUCUUCAAGAAAAUUGUAAUCUUUUACCAUUUUCAUAGUGUUUUUAAUGUCUUCUCUGUUGAGUCCAACCAUUAGUUGUAAGUAUUCAUUCUUACAUAAACGUUUAAUGUUUUUGGUCAA